AUGACCAUCAAACGUAUUGAAGGUGGAUUAAUUAUUGGAUCUCGAUUUAAAAUAUUAGAAAAAUUAGGCGAAGGAGGAUGUGGAUCUAUUUAUACAGCAAGAGAUAUUAAUACAGGAAUUCGUGUUGCUGUAAAAACAUCUGAAAAUGGAACAGAUGAGGCAAAUAUUUUAAAGAUAGAAGCUGCAGUAUUAAAACGUUUAGAAGGUAGAAAUAAUGUUGCUCAAAUUUUAGCAGAAGGUAAAAAACAAUCAUUCUCAUAUAUUGUAAUGACACUUCUUGGUGGUUCUUUUACUGACUUAAAACAUAAAUGUAAAACAUUUACAAGUUCUACAUUAAUAAGAAUAAGUAUUCAAAUAUUAAAUGGUAUCAAAGAACUUCAUGAAGUAGGUUUUAUUCACCGUGAUAUUAAACCUGAUAAUAUUUGUAUUGGUCGAAAAGGUGGAGCAUUAAAAGUUAUUCAUUUAUUAGAUUUUGGUUUAUGUCGUGAAUAUAUUAUUACAAUUGAUGGAAAAGCUACACUAAGGGAACCACGUCAAUCAAAAAUAUUAUUUAGAGGAACACCAGUUUUUUGUAGUAUUGAUGCUGGAAAUGGAAAAGAGCAAGGAAGGCAUGAUGAUUUAUGGUCUAUGAUAGUUUCUCGUGAUGAAAUAACAGCAUAUAAAAUUGAGACAAAAGAUGAACAUCUUUUUCCAGGAUAUCCAGAGUUUAUUGAAAUAACAAAAUAUUUACGGACACUAACAUAUUAUAAAAGACCUGAUUAUGGAAAAAUUUAUCUUGUAUUAAAAACUGUUUUAACUUCUAAUGGUUCAUUAUUUACUGAUCCAUAUGAUUGGGAGGUAAAAAAAGUAUAUGAAGAGUCAAUGGAGGUAGAUGAACCAGAUUCAGCAUUUAUGAAUCAACCGAUUCAAGAACGAAAAUCUCAAAAAUCAACAAAUAAAGUUGGUAAUACAAGUACACGUACAAUAUUUAACUUUUUAAGAAGUAAAAAAGUUAAUGUAUCUCUUUUACCUGAAGAUUUAAAAAUUCUUGACAAUUGUUAUACAUUAGAAAAUUUUGAAAAAACAAAUAUGAAUUUUUAA